GAAUAAACAAAGCUAUAGGGUAGUUUUACUGUUUUGGUAUUUGCAUUUGAUUAUAGUGUGUAUAAUGAAUGGUUUUGGUAAAAAGAAUCAGCUACAUACUUUGCAUGGAUCACCCUGUUAAUAAUUUAUUCUGUGGUAGUUCUAAAUUUGCAUCCUUGAAGGGGUUAUGUCAAGCAUAAUAAUACAACUCUGUGGAUAAGUGCACAGUAAUGUUCUGUGGAUAAGUGUUUAUUUACUAUUUCGAUGUUGAGCAUUGCCCAAGUAACCACAGGUGAUUCAGUUAUGGAUAUUUUGAUUCGAAAAACUUUUGAGAAUUUUAAAUCGUUUUUUACAUUUAAAAAGGCAGAUGAGGAGGAAGCAUCUUAUCUUCCUUCAUUUCUAAGAGAAGAAUAUAUAGAAUUAGAUACUGAAACUGAAAAUGGUUUAUUUGUAUGCAAUAUGCACAUCCCCGAAGAAAUACUUCUUCAUAUUUUGAGCUUCGUAGACCCCAAAGUACUUUUGAGAUAUAGCAUAGUAUGCAAAAAAUGGAAUCUCUUAAUCAAAUCAUUUCCUUUAUGGUCCAUAAUUUAUAGAAGAAAGUUCCAACGCAAGCCUAAGAAGUUGCCGUGGUAUAUAUUUUAUUGUCGCUUUUCCACAGAGUAUUUUGAUAUAAAUUUACUGAAAAAUGGAAGUGGUCAAGAUUCUUUCAAUAAUUGGGCACUUAGAGAAAAUGGGGGGGAUAAAUUCAUUAUCGAAGAUCCUCCAGAUGGUGCAGAUCCUUUAAACGUAGAGGAACCGGAAUUUGAAAAUAAAACAAGCUGUUUUGUAACGUCCUACAGUAAUUGUAAAAAAAUUCAAGUAGUGAAAUUUGGUCAAAGUAAAUUGUUUCGAUACAUUUUGUCAAACUACAAGCCUCAUAUGUACCUAAGCGAAUGGACAUGUGGGAGAUUUGAUUGUGGUAGUUUGUAUAGAUUGCGUUGCAGUUACUUGGGAAUAAUUCCUGAUGUUACAAUUGCAAAACCGUCUGCUGGACAGACAGUUAAGCAAUGGGAAGGACGAAAGUGGAAUAAAAUAGAAAUCUUGAUUACGCAGUAUCCUGAGGGCAUUGAAGGAAUUUUAUUUGAGCAUGAAGGUCGUGACACCCAAUUUUGGACCGGUCAUUAUGGCAGUAAAAUGGCAGGUGGCAUGGUAAAAUUGUUGUUUGAUUCAAUCGAUCCAUUGCCAUUGAAUAACCUUGGUCAGAAACAGCCAAAACGGUUUACUAAAACAGAAUACAUAACUAAUGGAGAGAAUUUAGAUAACUAUUUUAUGGACAUAAUUGAUAUUGAAAGAAUUCGUCCUGUUUGCAUAUUUCCUCCUCCUAUUCGUAACAUAAGAGAAGCUUUUGAUUGAUAUUUUUGUAAUAUGUCUAAUCAAAUGUUUCAUUCAUUUUAAUGCAGCAAAAGCUUUAAGCAAAUUAAAAAAGAUUAGUUACUUACAUAUGGUAUAUGACAUGUGUAAAUGAAUUGUUCGCUUACUAUGAAUUUUAUAAAUAUUUCUAAUAUUUU